ACUCUCUUACUAUUAUUUUCAUCCAAUACUACCAAAUAUCACAUUUCAGUUGAGCUUGAGUUGAGUACAAUGGAUUCCAAAAUAGCAAUUCUCAUCCUUGGCCUAAUGGCCAUGGUUCUUGUUAUUUCCUCAGAGGUUUCAGCUAGGGAUUUAACUGAGACUUCAACUAAUACCAAAGAUGACGUUGUUGAAAAGUCAGAUGAAUUAAAUGAUGCCAAAUAUUACGGUGGAGGUUACAACCAUGGUGGCGGCGGAGGUUACAAUGGUGGUGGAGGAGGCUACAACCAUGGUGGUGGAGGCGGAUACAACCAUGGAGGUGGUGGUUACAAUGGUGGCGGAGGAGGAUACAACCAUGGUGGCGGAGGAGGAUACAACCAUGGAGGUGGUGGUUACAACGGUGGCGGUGGAGGCUACAACCAUGGAGGUGGUGGUUACAAUGGUGGCGGAGGAGGCUACAACCAUGGAGGCGGUGGUUACAAUGGUGGUGGAGGAGGAUACAACCAUGGUGGUGGUGGUUAUGGUGGUGGAGGUGGACAUGGUGGUAGUUCCAACAAUGGUAACUGACUAUGUCACCAUGCAUGCAUGUACUAUGUGUAAUCAUGAAUAAAUACUGUUGGGUUUCCAACAAAAGAGUAUAUAGAUAAAUCACUAUGUUAUCAUGUGUAAUAUAUCAAAUAUCAUCCUUGUUGUUAGAA